ACAAGGUGGGAGAAGGAAGGAUGGCUGCGGAAUGGUGAGCGGUGGAAGGUGGCAGUCGGAGGAUCGACGGGGUGGGGGAGGGGGGAGAGGGUAACGGAGUCCGCCAGGGCCUUACAGUCCUCCGCCAACCAGUCCUGGUGGAACCGUGGGCCCUAGCGGAUUCCUGCACGCGCGCGCCGCACCCGCGACGGUGACUUUUCGUUGUCCACGAAAUUUUUCUCACCGUCGAAGAGACGAUAAUCUCGGGGUCGCUGAACCUGCUCCUCUCUCCCUCUCCUCUUUCGCGAACGCGUUUAUUUCGUCCCGUUAGCGUGCGCGCGCGUCGUUUGCUCCGAACGAUUCGCUCUCUUUCUACGAGACGAAUCGCCAAGGAUGAGACCGCCAGGAUCGUAAAGUGCAAGGAGCAAGGUGCAAAAGGUCGAUAGUCGACCGACAAGCGCAGGGAGAGGCAAGAGAGAGAAAGAGUGAUAUGGAUGACGUGAUGAGGUGAAAUCGCGCGGCAACCCGGUGGUGGUUUAGAUGGAUCGACGCCGGUUUCGCGAAACGCACCCCAGUGGCGUUAGUUGGCAAUAGAGAUAGGUACCCCUCGGGGAGGGGGGCACGGGGGGGGACCGCUCCACAUUGAUGGAACAGUGAUUAACGCGGCGGAAAGAUGCGGGGUAGUCCUGCCUUCCUCGCCAUACUGUUGGGCACAAUAUUCGGUGUCCUAGGUGCGUCUCUGAGCAAGGCGCUCAGGUAUAAGGCACCGGACGAGUGCAAGUGGGUCACGACCGGCGACGCCGAGGACGACGUGUCGCUCGUGUGCCGCCUGCGUACCAUCAAUAGCGAGCUGGAGAACACAAACUUCAGCGUGAUACAGCCGCAGCACACGGUGCGUCUGCGGCUGGAAUGCAGCGACGCGCUAUUCUAUCAGAGUUCCCUAAGCGCCGGGAGUUUCAGGCCGCUGGUCGAAUUGCGCGAGCUCGUAAUCGAGUACUGUAAGAUUGGCAAUCUGUCUAAUGACGCGUUCAAAGGUCUUAAGGAACUGCGCAACCUCACCGUAAGGACGCACAACACCGACUGGUCGGCAAUGGCGCUCGACGUAUCCGCCGGGGCAUUCACUGACGAGCUUCGACAGCUGGAAAAGCUAGAUCUUGGUGAAAACAACAUGUGGGGUAUACCGGAGGGCGCGCUUUGUCCCCUGGUUAACCUGGAGGUUUUGAAUCUGACGAGAAAUCGGCUCAGGGACAUCACGGGUUUCCGUUUCAACGCGGCGGCGAAAUGCUUGACGAAUCUCAGGGAGUUGGAUCUUAGCAACAACAGCGUCGAGUCUCUGCCGAGCGCGGCGUUUUCCGGUCUGACGAGGUUGCACAGCCUGGACCUGCAAUGCAACGCCAUCAGCUUCAUGGCGGACCGUGCGUUCGAAGGCCUCACGUCGCUGGCCAUCUUGAGACUCGCCGACAACCGGCUCGCGAGCCUGCCGCCGGAGCUCUUCAGCGAUGCCAAGGACCAUAUAAAGGAGAUUCAUCUUAGGAACAAUACAUUGAGCGUUUUGCCGCCCGGUUUGUUCAGCGAGUUGUCACAGCUGUUAGUGUUAGAUCUCUCGCAUAACGAGUUAACAGCGGAAUGGGUGAACGCGGCUACGUUUACUCGUCUGGUGCGUUUAGUAGUGUUAGAUCUCGCGAACAAUCGUAUCGCGCGACUCGACCCGACCGUUUUUCGCGAUCUGUAUAGUCUACAGAUAUUACGGCUGCAGGAGAACCUAUUGGAGAGCCUACCAGAGAAUACGUUCUCGGCGCUAUACAACCUGCACACGUUGCUGCUCAGUGACAAUCAGUUAACAGUCAUAGAUGCCACUACAUUGAGUGGCCUUUACGUGCUCAGUCUCCUCUCACUGGAUAAUAACCGGUUGCAUACGAUACACCCGGGCUCUCUGAGAAACGCUUCGUCCCUACAGGACUUUCAUCUUAACGGUAAUCGGCUGACAUCAGUGCCGGACGCAUUGAAAGCUACUCCCCUCCUGCGCACCCUCGACCUCGGCGAAAACCUCAUCUCCGAGAUACCGAGCGGAACCUUCGACCACGUGGAGCAGCUGUAUGGGCUUCGAUUGACCGAAAAUCAUAUCGGCAAUCUCACGAAGGGCAUCUUCGAUCGUAUCAAAGAACUCAAGAUUCUGAACCUCUCGCGAAACCGCAUACAGCACAUCGAACCCGGUACCUUCGACGAGAAUCUCAAUCUACAGGCAAUACGCCUCGACGGCAAUCAGCUGACCGACAUCGCCGGCCUCUUCAACAAACUGCCGAAUCUCGUUUGGCUCAACGUGAGCGAUAAUAAGCUCAAGUGGUUCGACUACGCAAUGAUACCGACCGGGCUGCAGUGGCUGGACAUACACUCGAACGAGAUCCGGGAGUUGGGCAACUAUUUCGAGAUCGAGACGCAGCUGCAGCUGAGCACCUUCGACGCGAGCGAGAACAAGCUCACGGAGAUCACCGGCAACGCGAUUCCCAUGAGCGUCGAGCUGUUGUUUCUCAACGACAAUCUCAUCUCCAAAGUGCAGAGCUACUCGUUCUUCAAGAAGCCGAAUCUGACGCGAGUCGAUCUGAAGGGUAACCAAAUACGAAAUCUCGAGCCCUACGCAUUGCGCAUCAGCGCGGUACCAUCGGACCGAUCGCUGCCGGAGUUCUACAUCGGCGACAAUCAGUACCUGUGCGACUGCACUAUGGAGUGGCUGCAGCGAGUCAAUCGGCAGAAUCAGACGCGCGUGCAACCGCGCGUUAUGGAUCUCGAGAGCAUCUAUUGCAAGCUUUUAUAUGAUCGCGAGCAUGCCUUCGUGCCGCUGGUCGAGGCGUCGCACUCGCAGUUCCUCUGCAAAUACGAUACCCACUGCUUCGCCCUGUGUCACUGCUGCGACUUCGAUGCGUGCGACUGCGAGAUGACAUGUCCGCAGAAUUGCACGUGCUAUCACGACCAAUCGUGGUCGGCAAACGUGGUGGACUGUUCCAACGGCGGACACGUCAACAGACUACCCGAACAGAUACCGAUGGAUGCCACGCGUCUCUAUCUGGACGGGAACGAUCUGCGCGUCGUGUCGAGUCACGCCUUUAUCGGUCGCAAAAAGCUCAAAGUGCUGUUCCUCAAUUCGUCUAACAUCGAGAUCGUGCAGAACAGGUCGUUCAACGGGCUACGCGACCUCGACGAUCUGCACCUGCAGGACAACAGGAUACGCGAACUGCGCGGUCACGAGUUCGAGGGACUCGAUGCUCUAAGACAGCUGCAUCUGCAACGCAACCGCAUCGCCGCGAUCGGCAACGACACGUUCGCGCCGCUACGCUCCCUGCGAAUACUACGGCUACAGAACAAUCGUCUGACCACCCUGGCAAUAUGGACAUUGCCGAGUUCAAUCGAGGUCAGCUUAGCCGGAAAUCCUUGGUCCUGCGAAUGUGAUUACCUGCAGAGUUAUCGCGAGUGGUCGCGCGAUCCGAGCAUUCGCGUCGCGGACGCGGCCGCGUUACGCUGUGUGUAUAAUGUCACGGAGUUCGAGGCGUUUGGCGAUGAGGUGUUCGCGGACGACGAGUUCGGUUUUUCGGUGAGCACGGUAUCGGACGCUCGCGAGCGAUCCGGCAACGAGAGCGCAGUCUGCACCGGCGAGAUUAGCGUCGACAACGAUAUGUAUCACAACUACACCAAGACCAUUAUCGAGAAGCAGGUCCUGCAGGAUUAUCUGCCGUUACUGGUAGCCACUUCAGCUACUUCGCUCGUCGUCAUACUUCUGUGCAUGCUCGCAUUUGUGUUUCGUCACGAGCUGCGCGUGUGGUUUCAUUCGCGUUUCGGCGUGCGGAUAUUCUAUCGGAAUCACGAGGUCGAUCGAGACGACCGGGAUAAGUUGUUUGACGCUUUUGUGAGUUACAGCUCGAAGGACGAAGCGUUCGUCGCCGAGGAAUUAGCGCCGGUACUCGAAAUGGGCAAUCCCUCGUACAAACUGUGCCUUCACUAUCGGGAUUUUCCGGUCGGCAGCUUCAUAGCCGAUACCAUCGUCCAGGCCGUAGAGUCGUCGCGCAGAACGAUUAUGGUGCUAUCGGAAAACUUCAUCAAAUCCGAAUGGUGUCGCUUCGACUUCAAGUCGGCGCACCAUCAGGUGCUGAGGGACAGAAGACGUCGGCUGAUUCUCGUGUUGGUCGGUGACGUGCAUCAGCGCGAUCUCGAUCCGGACAUACGACUGUACUUAAAGACGAACACGUAUCUGCAGUGGGGUGACAAGCUCUUCUGGGAGAAGCUGCGAUUCGCAUUGCCGGACGUGCCGAACAAUCAGCGCGCGACGCAGAGGACGAGGCAGCCGCCGCCAGUCCGACGGCAACACAAUAACAGAACGUCCAACGGAUCGCGCACCGUAUCCGUCCACAUAUGAAUCGUUCGUUGGAGUCAAACCCGAGUGUGUCGAACGAGCUGCUCGCGAGCGAAAUUACAACGGGAGGGACACGAGCUUUACUUAGAGGAUUUUGUUACGCUCGGAGCGCGACUCCACGGCGCGUGUUAAAACGGUGUGCAAUAUGAUGGUAUGUUAGAGUGUGUAAAUACAAAUGGAAGAUUCAUUAUGUAUAAAUAGAGCGUGCGGAGGUGUGCGGGAAGAAAGAGGCCACGUGUAAAUAGACGGUGUGUGAUAAGAGUGAGAAGAUAUAUUUAAGACGAGCUCUCCCCGUGCGGAAAAGUAUACCCCGGUGUGCCACGCGCAGAUUCUGUAAAUUUGUUGCAGCGCGUCUGGACGAGAGUGGUUAGCUGAAACUCGUUGUAAAUAGGACGUCGUCCGCUCGGUCGCGAAUCACGACCGGACCGGCACCGUUAUUCGGCUCGUGGAACGUGCGACGAUUACGUUGGGUGCGUAUAUACGUAUAUGUGAAUGUGUGUGCCGUGAUCGUGGAACGCAAGAGAUGAGCCUGCAGCCUGUCGCGCUUCUGGCCCAGCGUGCGGCCGUGUGCUUAAAAUUCGCUGCUCCUCGUCAUUAUGCGCCCGUUUCGUGCUCGUUGAGAACGGGCAUUAUUUGUCGACUGUAGUGCAAAUAGUUUCGCAAUCGAUCGGCAAAUGACGGAUUUCUCGAGUGAAUGUUGCGUCGACGUAAUUAUUUUAAUUUCGACGGCUGUCCUGCGCGCGCGCGCGCGCGCGAGUGUACGUGACUGUGCAUGAGUGUGCGUGCGUGUGUGCGUGCGUGUGUGUGUGUAUAUGUGCGCUUCCACGAUCAAUUUUUAGAGUAAAAUAUCGCUUGACAUCGAGCUGAGAGUGUCUCCAGACCCGUUUGAACCUCGACUCGAUUGUUUAGAUAGCUUGGCUCAAGCCGCUGCGCCAACAGUGAUACCACUUCCUAAUUAUAAUUAUUAUGUAUAUUUAAUUGUAUUUACACUUCUCUUCUCUCUGGUUGAUGACGAAUUUCAUCCAGGAAUACGAGCUUACGAGCGUCUCGGCGAAUAGAAGCUGACGCUCCAUGGUGAUAACGAAAAAUUCUUGGCGCGAAUAUUGUAAAGUAUUACUUUAAUCUUAUUUAUUUCGUUCCAAUCAAUAAAAAGACUUUUUAUGCGAUUCGAAUGCAUCAUGUUUCGUGUAACGGUUUAACAAACGAAGCUCGCUUGCCGUCGAUUAACGAUUAAUUUAAGAAAACGUAAUCUACGUGCCGCGCAGAAUUUGAAUUCGACGGUCCCAUUGUUGUCGGGCGUGCAUGAAUCAAUAGACGGGACUUUAAUCUUGCACUUAUAAAAUUUUUAUUUUUAUGUACAAUCUCGUAUACGGAAUACAAAUUGAACGUAUAGAUUUUUAUGAACGCAUAACGGAGAGACAGUGCAUUUGUAUUCAUUGCGCAGAUGGCUCAAUCGUAUUUCAGUAAUGACUUCAGCAUUACGAAAAUGCCGCGGUGCAAUCGGCGCACAAGAUGAAACAAAACUUACGUGACGUAUCUUACCCGAAAUGCGACAGUCGAAUUCAAAGUGCGCGUUAUGUACAAAUAAACUGAAGUGCUAAACUGAAGUGCCGCUACAAAUAUUCGAAAUGUAAUGUACAAACGUGAAAUCGUCUUCUUUAGCUUUUCUCGGUUAUCAUGUUUCGCAAAUUGUUCAACACAGCAAACAAAAAAACGAUAUUAUUCUAGAAUAAAAGCUAUGACUGAGUAAUAAAACAUUCUAUUUUUAUGUUUUUAAUUCUCUCUUUCUUAUUCUGACGUUUGCCUUCCUCUGAUCGCGUUAUAAUGUGUAUGAUGCCGGAUUAUAAAUUUCGAUCAAACGUCCUACAUCGCAAAAGAAAUUCUCGGCUAACAAAUGUGUCAGAUACUUUUUGGGAUGCGCCAAUUUCAACGCCCUCGCGACUCAUUGCAAUCUUGGUUCUCAAACUGCAUUUUUCUACGGCAAAGUAUUACCUUCUUCAGGCAUACUUGUUGAGAGAAAUGUCAAAGGCGUGUUAAAUUUACAAAUGGUAUGCAAUGCACUUCCUCAUUUUCAGUUAAUGCAAUAAAAUGACAAAGCGGUAUACGCGAUAUUCACGGCAUGACAAUUAAAUCCACUAUUUCGAUGCAGGCUUUGUGCGCCAUUUUCUGAGGUAGCUCGAGAACAAAACAAUACUUUAUGUUAAUCGAGUCACGUCUGUAUACAUUGUCAUCACGUCUUGUUACCGUUGCAUCAACGGAAUAAGUAAUAUCUACCUGAGGAUAAUAGAAAAGAGACAAUUUGGUAGGAGACAGUUAAGAGAAAAUUUCGUGUUGCGCCCUACACAACAAAUUGAAUUACAUUCUUUCGUUACGCUGUUCUAACUCGAAAGAACUACCGCAAAAAGAGGCGUUUGAAGACUAAGAAGUACCGAAGCACGAUACAAACGUCGUUUCAAGGAAUUCCAUGGCUAGCUAGUAAAAUUCUCAUAUUUAACGUAGUAUUUCUCAUUAUCGCAUAUUAUAUUCAUAGAAGUAUGUUAAAAGGUGUAAAAUCACACGUGCAAAAAAAGAAGAGUGAUUAUAUCUAACAAUGCGAUAAGAGAAGCCGAGAAAAUGCAAAAAAUCUAAUUUGUCAGUUGCGAUCUACGAUCUUGCCGUGUGGCUGCGGCAUGCAAGAGCCGCGGGUAGCGUAGGAGCGCGAGCUAAAUGAGCCACGCUAGAAAAUUGUAGCUACGUGAAAACGCUCGCGAAAGUUACGUUAUUGCGCGGCCCGCGAUUGCGCGUAAUCGCUGUGUAAUCAAUGCUGGUGUAACCGGGCCCGGCCGAUUCGAUCGAUGCGCGGCAAUAUAAGGUGGUAGCACAACGAUCCAUGCGGACGAUUGCGAUAUCGAAGAAGUAACGCAAGUAUACCGUAACGGUGUCGCGGAACGGCUCGCGAUAACGAAUAUCCGCGUCGUGGCGCGCGGCGCAGCGUGGGAGAGAAGCUCCGAGAGUCCCACCCUACAUACCGCGACUACUGGGGCAUUUUGCGGUUUGGCUAAUGACACGCGGAAUUCGCAAUCGCAUUGUGUGCCGCGCGGCGCGGCGCGGCGCGGCGCGGCGCCCGUCAUUUCGCCAACGAUCGUAAGCCGCGAUCUAACAUUCGCGCGAGCCGGGCGCGCUUUCCGCGCACCUCGCGCGCCGUGGCGCGUAGAUAGAUCGAUCAAUCCCGACGGGCCGUUCCCCCCGAUGAGAACGCAGCGCGCGCAAUAUCGGUUAUCAUCACGCGCGUGACAUUUAACUCGCGCAGGCUCUGGCAAAUCAUUUCCGACGACUAAUCAAAACAAUCGGUACCCACGAUUAGUUCAUCCGACACCUAUUUCGCUGCAGACGUGUCGUCAUCGUUUCUUCAAUUACGUUAGUCACGCUCUUCGACAUUUUUGCUGCCAACAGUUGAUUCUUUUUUUCUUUUCCUUGCAUCUAGUAGUUAUCCUUGAUAGUUUCGAAAUGAGGAACUCGACGAGCGGAAUACAUGGAAAAUUCUAAUCGUGACAUCGAUUUGUCGGGCAGAUUGCGAUCGGCCGUGAUGGUAGCCGAGCGUCGUCUCUACGGGACCGGUAACGAGUCAACGCUCCUAUCUGCCGAUCCUGUUCUGCCACUUUUGUAAUUAACAAGUCCUUAACAACAUAUCACGGGUAAAACACUCUUUGCAUCGCUUAUGUUCUCCGUUGAAAGCGCCUGGUCAAGGCGGGCUCGUGGCCGUCAACCAGUCCCCUCGAGUAUAAUUUAAUGUACUGAGAAAAAUCGGAGAUACCACUACAACAAGCCCUCGCGUCCGCGAUGGCGUGAGGCUCGCAAGAGGAAGAAAUUAUAUACGAACGGAAGGGCAAGAGAUCGUAAGAUCUCAAUGGUCUAGAUACUCCAGGCCGUACUCCUGGGCGCGGAUAGAGUGGCGAAAGGAACGGAAUCAGGCGUGUCUAUCUCGCCCAGGAUAAGUAAUGAACCGGACAAAAACCAUUUUUCGAAACCGCGCUCUGAUAAUGCGGGAUUGUGUAAGGAGUUUAUAAACCUGUUCCCCACUUUUGUUCGUUUAUCCGACUUAACAAGACGAGACGAGGUGCGAGCGCGUGACCUCGACGCAAGUAUAACUCGACGGAGAAAUCGGCGGCGCGGCGCGGCGCGAUGGAAUAAUCUGAAAUUAAAGAGCGGUCAUUAAAAUUGAUACACGUCUUUAUACCGGCGCGGCGCGGCUCCAAUCGAAACUCGACUCUCGGCGACUCGCGCCGGCAGCGACCGCGGCGAGCAAUAAUAUCGAACGCGCGCAGGACUAAGGAGGCGACUCGACAGGAUACCGAGCACCGGCGGCUAACGGCUUCCCGAUAAAAUGAGCGGCAAGUGGCAGGAGUUUUAAUGCGCUUAAAGCCUCUUAGGUCUUUUACUGCGGAAAGUAAUGAAUUAGGAGCGACGAAGCGCGGGUAGUGCGCUUCUUUCUCGCGUCCAUAACAGUCAUAAUAUCCCGCCCGCUCCCUAACGUUUCGCACACACACACACAGCUCGCUAACUCGUUCGCGCAGUAGUUAAAGCAGCUUCCUUGAGAAUGCAGCCCGCGUGCUCGCCGACCUCUUUCAGCCGUCCUCUCUUUCCCCCAUCCGCUAAUCUGGUCGCCAAUGCUUUAUGCGGUAUAACGGAGUUUCUGUUUGCAUUAUCUGCUGGAACGGCGCACGCCACUUGCACGUCGUCGUCGUCAUCGUCGUCGUUCAUCGUUCAUCGUUCAUCGUUCAUCUUGGCGUGCCGUUGCGCGGGCCAAGGAGGGAGGAUUCGAGGAGGGAUUCGUGUAUCGAAUCGACACCGACGAUCAAUUCAAAUCGCCGUCGUGUCGGAUCAUUGAGCAGCCGCGUUUUAUCACACAAGUCGGCUGGAUCGUCCAAGCCGCAAAUCGCUCUCCCACUCGUGGGAGAAAGAGAGAAAAGAGCGCGCGCAUUGCACGGCACCGGCGCGGCGAUGGGAAGACGCUCGAGUCGUUAUUCCGGUUGAGAUUUGCGAAAUUCAAGCGGUACUCACGACGACGCGGGCAUUAAAUCAUACGCAAGUCAGGAUUUGUGUCACCUCCGUGAUUAUACAGCCGUUGGAAACUGGGCGACGCGACGCGAAGUGCACGACGACCGUAAUCGCCCGCGACAUAAUCGCGGCGUAAUCGUGAUUAAUUAAGAUAACUCUCGAGAACUCCGUCUCCCUCCUC